CUCGUAUUCAAAUUCUGUGGGCCAAACGUGAUAAUGGGCCUAUACCGGCCCACAUGUCAUAUUUGGGCCCGUGCCGGCACUGCCCGUAUUUUCCAUGGACCGUGCUUGGGCCGACGCCUUAGCACAUGGGCCUGCACGGUACGGCCCGCUACAGGAGCCAUGCCUAAUCGUGGCUGGGCCGGGCCAUGACGUUCGGCCCAUUUGUUCACCUAUUGACGGCCACACGCCCACACCACACCUCGUCGCCGGCAACCGCCACCUCCACGGCGCCGCCGGCCAAGCCGCGCAGGCCAGCGAGAUGACCCGGAAGCCCAAGCGGAAGCCUCCGCCCUCGCCGGAGCCGUACCACGACCACCCCUCCCCUUCCCCCGCCCAAUGCCUCGCCGUCCGCGACGCCCUCCUCGCCUUCCACGGCUUCCCCGACGAGUUCGCGCCCUUCCGCCGCCGCCGCCGCCGCCUCGGCCUCGACACAUCCCCGGACCCGGAGGAGGACACGGAUGGCGAUCCGUCUCCGCCGCCCACCGUCCUCGACGGCCUCGUCACGACCCUCCUCUCUCAGAACACCACCGACGCCAUCUCGCGCCGCGCCUUCGCCGCCCUCAAGGCCGCGUUCCCCACCUGGGACCAGGUGGUGGAUGAGGAGGAGGGGAAGAGGCUGGAGGACGCCAUCCGGUGCGGGGGGCUUGCGGCGACGAAGGCGGCGAGGAUAAGGGCGAUGCUGAGGGGCGUCCGGGAGAGGCGAGGCAAGAUUUGCCUCGAGUAUUUGCGGGAUCUGUCCGUGGAUGAGGUGAAGACUGAGCUAUCUCGGUUCAAAGGGAUCGGGCCAAAGACUGUGGCGUGUGUGCUGAUGUUCUAUCUUCAGAAGGAUGAUUUUCCAGUAGAUACUCAUGUACUCCGUAUUACAAACGCUAUUGGUUGGGUUCCUGCAACAGCUAGCAGAGAGAGGGCAUAUCUUCAUCUGAACAGCAAAAUUCCUGAUGAUCUAAAAUUUGAUCUGAAUUGUCUAUUUGUAACUCAUGGAAAGCUCUGUCAAUCAUGUUCCAAAAAGUUAGGAGGCCAGAAAACCACCGGUUCAAAUUCUAUGUGCCCCCUAGCAAGUUAUUGUUGCACUGAAGAAAAGAUGAAGCAAUAGGCCAAUAGCCAAGGAAUUGUUUGUGGUUAUUGAUAUUUUCUGAAGGUGGUGUCAUAACCUCCCAACAAUGCUAAUGGUAAAAGGAUUUAUGCGCUGAAAUGUCUCAUCUGAUGGAAACCUCAGGUUCGGUUUCUUGUUUUAUCAGUAGAGACUAGAGAGCUUCCAGGCUUCAGUUGUAUGAUAUGAACUCAUUUCUACCAUGUAAGUGACACUAGCUAGGGAAUUUAGUUUGGAACUUUGGAUGAGAAGCAAAACACUGGGGGAAUAUCGACUUAAUCGAUACAUAUCUCAUUGAUUACACUGACCAAAGGAAUCCUAACAUUUUUGCUCUAAAGUGCGCUAAACAGAGAAAAAGGCACCAACAGACCACAACCAAAACCAAUUGUAUGCACCAGGUAUCCUCGACUUUUCUGGUGCACAUGAUGUCUUGUGCCUGACAAGGAGGCUUGUGAUUUCCAGGCAAGCAGUGGCUGACGGUGAGCUAAAGAUUCUGGUAUGUCACUUAGAUUCAGCAUAUGUUCUCGGUCACCAUCAGUGCAAUCCCAUCUGAGUCUCGCCACCCCACCUGCCCCAAUGGGACGGGCAAUUGUGCAACCAGGUUUCAGUACUAAACUUAACUGUAGUCGCUUUUGAAAAUCUUGAUUGACAACGUACUGGACCUUGAUGCACA